AGCUCAGUGUGUGUGAUGUAGUUUCUUUUUCCCCUUUUCCUUUGCUUCGAAGUAGCUUUAGCUUGCUCUCUUUGAAUCCCCAUCCUCACCCAAACCGCACAUUCUCUCUUCUUCUGUGUGUUCUGCUCUUCUAGGGUUUCUCUCUUGUGCUUCAUAAGAUUCUGCCGGAAUCUCUAGGCUCAUUGUUUGUGAAGUGAAGAAGAGAAAAUAGGAGAGGAGAUCAGAGGAGCAGGAUGUCGUCCCGAGGGGCGGGGCCCUCCUCGGAGGCGCCACAGAGGCGGAUCAUGCGGACACAGACGGCGGGGAACCUCGGGGAGUCGAUAUUCGACAGUGAGGUGGUGCCCUCCUCUCUUGUGGAGAUAGCUCCCAUCCUCCGUGUUGCCAAUGAGGUUGAAAAGACUCAUCCCAGGGUUGCUUAUCUCUGUCGCUUUUAUGCAUUCGAGAAAGCUCACAGGUUGGACCCCACUUCAAGUGGUAGAGGUGUUCGCCAGUUCAAAACAGCCCUUCUUCAACGACUCGAAAGAGAAAAUGAUCCCACUCUCAAGGGAAGGGUCAAGAAAAGUGAUGCUCGUGAGAUGCAGAGUUUUUAUCAGCAUUACUACAAAAAAUACAUCCAAGCUUUACAAAAUGCUGCUGAUAAGGCCGACCGUGCACAGCUUACCAAGGCGUAUCAGACUGCUAACGUUCUUUUUGAGGUUUUGAAGGCGGUUAACAUGACUCAAUCUAUGGAAGUUGAUCGUGAGAUUUUGGAAACCCAAGAUAAAGUUGCAGAGAAGACUGAGAUCUUAGUCCCGUACAAUGUUCUUCCACUUGAUCCUGAUAGUGCAAAUCAGGCAAUAAUGCGAUUUCCUGAGAUACAAGCUGCUGUAUAUGCUCUUCGUAACAUCAGGGGUCUUCCCUGGCCCAAGGACUACAAGAAGAAAAAAGAAGAAGACAUUCUGGAUUGGCUUGGGGCGAUGUUUGGAUUUCAGAAACACAAUGUUGCAAAUCAGAGAGAGCAUUUGAUUUUAUUGCUUGCUAAUGUUCAUAUCAGACAGUUUCCUAAACCUGAUCAGCAGCCAAAGUUGGAUGAGCGUGCACUGACAGAAGUGAUGAAGAAACUUUUCAAGAAUUACAAAAAGUGGUGCAAAUAUUUGGGUCGGAAAAGUAGCUUAUGGUUACCAACCAUACAACAAGAAGUGCAGCAGCGGAAGCUCCUAUAUAUGGGUCUGUAUCUUCUAAUAUGGGGUGAAGCUGCCAACCUACGAUUCAUGCCAGAAUGUCUUUGCUAUAUAUAUCACCAUAUGGCGUUUGAAUUGUAUGGAAUGCUAGCUGGUAAUGUCAGUCCAAUGACGGGAGAGAAUGUCAAGCCAGCAUAUGGCGGUGAAGAGGAGGCUUUUUUAAAGAAAGUUGUUACUCCAAUAUAUGAUGUGAUUAGACAGGAAGCUGCACGGAGCAAAAAGGGAAGGUCAAAGCAUUCACAAUGGAGGAACUAUGAUGAUUUAAAUGAAUAUUUCUGGUCAGCUGAUUGCUUUCGGUUAGGUUGGCCAAUGCGUGCUGAUGCUGAUUUCUUUUGGGUGCCAUCAAAUGAGCAGUCUAGUUUUGACAAAUCUAACGAUGAGAAGCCAGCUAACACAGACAGAUGGGUUGGGAAAGUGAAUUUUGUUGAGAUAAGGUCAUUUUGGCAUAUUUUCAGAAGUUAUGAUCGCAUGUGGAGUUUUUUCAUUUUGUGCUUACAGGCAAUGAUUAUUGUUGCUUGGAAUAAAUCUGGUGACCCAAUUGCAAUCUUCAAUGGUGAUGUGUUCAAGAAAGUGUUAAGCGUGUUUAUCACGGCCGCUAUAUUGAAGUUUGGGCAAGCUUUUCUUGAUGUUGUUCUGAGUUGGAAAGCACAACGGAGUAUGUCGCUGUUUGUCAAGUUAAGAUACAUUUUGAAAGUUGUUUCAGCUGCAGCAUGGGUGAUUGUUCUGUCAGUUACUUAUGCGUAUACCUGGGACAAUCCUCCUGGGUUUGCUCAGACCAUCAAACGUUGGUUUGGAAACGAUUCUAGUUUUCCUUCAUUGUUUAUUUUGGCCGUUGUUAUUUACCUGUCACCAAAUAUGCUCGCUGCUGUAUUCUUUUUGUUCCCAUUCAUUCGCCGCUUCCUUGAGAGGUCAAACUAUAAGAUUGUGAUGCUAAUAAUGUGGUGGUCACAGCCUCGUCUUUAUGUCGGAAGGGGGAUGCAUGAGAGCGCAUUUUCCCUUUUCAAAUACACAGUGUUUUGGGUUCUUCUUAUAAUCACAAAGCUUGCUUUCAGUUACUAUAUAGAGAUAAAACCGCUGGUGGGACCUACAAAAGCUAUAAUGGGUGUAAGAAUCACGACUUUCCAGUGGCAUGAAUUCUUUCCUCAUGCUCGGAACAAUAUUGGUGUCGUUGUUGCACUUUGGGCGCCAAUCAUUUUGGUAUACUUUAUGGAUACCCAAAUUUGGUAUGCAAUAUUCUCAACCUUAUUUGGUGGUAUUUAUGGUGCAUUCCGUCGUCUCGGAGAGAUACGGACGUUAGGAAUGCUUAGGUCGCGUUUUCAAUCACUGCCUGGUGCCUUCAAUGCUAGUUUGAUACCAGAGGAAAAGAAUGAACCAAGGAAAAAAGGAUUAAAAGCCACUUUAUCUCGCAGAUUUGCUGAGAUCCCAUCUAACAGAGGGAAGGAAGCUGCUAGAUUUGCACAACUGUGGAAUCAGAUAAUCACCAGCUUCAGAGAGGAGGAUCUUAUUAGCAAUAGGGAAAUGGACCUUUUGCUUGUACCUUAUUGGGCUGAUCGUGAGUUGGACCUUAUACAAUGGCCCCCCUUUUUACUUGCUAGCAAGAUCCCAAUUGCAUUAGAUAUGGCUAAGGACAGCAAUGGAAAGGAUAGAGAGCUGAAAAAGAGAAUUGAUGCUGAUCACUACAUGUCUUGUGCUGUUCGUGAGUGCUAUGCUUCAUUUAAGAGCAUUAUUAAACACUUGGUUCAAGGGCAACGCGAGAAACCGGUUAUUGAUUAUCUUUUUACUGAAGUAGACUCACAUAUAGAGGAGGGCAAACUGAUAACCGAAUUCAGAAUGAGUGCCCUUCCUAGCCUCUACGCACAGUUUGUUCAGCUAAUAAAAUAUUUGUUGGACAAUGAUAAGAAAGAUAGGGACCAAGUUGUAAUUCUGUUCCAAGACAUGCUGGAGGUGGUGACAAGAGAUAUAAUGAGGGAAGACCAGGAUAAUUUAUUCAGUUUGGUAGAUUCAAGCCAUGGUGGGACUGGACAUGAUGGGACGCUUCCCCUCAACCUUGAACCAGAGCCACAACAUCAGUUAUUUGCAUCUGAAGGAGCUAUCAGGUUUCCGAUUGAACCACCUUCAGAAGCUUGGAAAGAGAAGAUUAACCGGCUCUACUUGCUGCUUACAACAAAAGAAUCUGCGAUGGAUGUACCAUCCAACUUGGAAGCAAGAAGGCGUAUUUCAUUUUUCUCCAACUCACUGUUCAUGGAUAUGCCAAUGGCACCAAAAGUUCGCAACAUGCUCUCGUUCUCGGUUUUAACACCAUAUUACACAGAAGAGGUUCUAUUCUCUUUAACUGAUUUGGACUCACCAAAUGAAGAUGGUGUAUCCAUAUUGUUUUACUUGCAAAAGAUUUUUCCAGAUGAAUGGACCAACUUUCUGGAGAGAGUGAACUGUAUUAGUGAGGAGGAUCUUAAAGGAAAUGAAUCUGAAGAAUUAGAAGAAGAACUUCGUCGCUGGGCAUCAUAUAGAGGCCAAACAUUGACUAGAACUGUAAGAGGCAUGAUGUAUUACAGAAAAGCUUUAGAGCUCCAGGCUUUUCUUGAUAUGGCCAAAGAUGAAGACUUGAUGGAAGGUUAUAAAGCCAUAGAAAACUCGGAUGAUAACUCAAGCGGGGAAAGGUCAUUGUUGACACAAUGUCAAGCAGUGGCUGAUAUGAAGUUCACAUAUGUGGUAUCAUGCCAACAAUAUGGUAUCGACAAGCGAUCUGGUUCUCCACGUGCACAGGACAUAUUAAGGCUUAUGACAAGAUAUCCUUCACUACGUGUUGCCUAUAUUGAUGAGGUAGAGGAAACUAGCAAAGACAGAGACAACAGACAAAAAAAGAUCAACAAGGUUUACUACUCUUGUUUGGUUAAGGCUAUGCCAAAAUCCAGCAGUCCUUCAGAACCUGAGCAGGCUCUUGACCAGGUCAUAUAUAAAAUAAAGCUUCCUGGACCGGCCAUUUUAGGAGAGGGCAAGCCUGAAAAUCAGAAUCAUGCAAUUAUUUUUACACGUGGAGAAGGCUUGCAAACGAUAGAUAUGAACCAGGAUAAUUAUAUGGAAGAAGCUUUGAAAAUGAGAAAUUUGUUGCAAGAAUUUCUUAAGAAGCAUGAUGGUGUGAGGUUCCCAAGUAUUCUUGGACUAAGGGAGCAUAUAUUUACUGGAAGUGUUUCUUCCCUUGCUUGGUUCAUGUCAAAUCAAGAGACAAGUUUUGUGACAAUUGGACAGAGACUGUUGGCUAAUCCACUGAGGGUUCGUUUCCACUACGGUCAUCCUGAUGUCUUUGAUAGGCUUUUUCACCUUACAAGAGGGGGUGUGAGUAAAGCUUCCAAGGUUAUCAAUUUGAGUGAAGAUAUUUUUGCUGGAUUCAACUCUACACUGCGGGAAGGCAAUGUUACUCAUCAUGAGUACAUACAAGUUGGGAAGGGAAGAGAUGUGGGUCUCAACCAGAUUUCUAUGUUUGAAGCUAAACUGCAAACACUCACUGAUGAUGCGCUCUAGUUAUUUUUUUACCCCAUUUUUAGUUUUUCUAUACCAUGGCUUCUGAACAGCUCCCCUAACUUUGUGCAGAUAACUGUUCUCACUGUAUAUGUAUUCCUCUAUGGUCGUCUCUAUCUUGUUCUGAGUGGGCUUGAAGAAGGUUUGAGUACCCAGAAAGCCAUUCGAGACAAUAAGCCUCUUCAAGUGGCUCUUGCUUCUCAAUCAUUUGUUCAAAUAGGAUUUUUAAUGGCUUUGCCCAUGCUGAUGGAAAUCGGCUUGGAAAGAGGUUUUCGAACAGCACUUAGUGAGUUCAUAUUAAUGCAAUUGCAGUUGGCCCCUGUGUUCUUCACUUUUUCGCUUGGGACAAAGACUCACUAUUUUGGAAGGACAUUGCUUCAUGGAGGCGCAAAAUAUAGACCAACUGGCCGAGGGUUUGUUGUUUUUCAUGCCAAGUUUGCCGACAACUAUAGACUGUACUCUCGCAGCCACUUCGUUAAGGGUAUUGAGCUCAUGAUAUUGCUUGUUGUAUACGAAAUAUUUGGUCAUAGUUAUAGAAGUGCUGUUGCAUAUAUCUUGAUUACCAUAUCAAUGUGGUUUAUGGUGGGAACCUGGCUCUUUGCUCCCUUCCUGUUUAAUCCAUCUGGCUUUGAAUGGCAAAAGAUUGUUGAUGAUUUGACUGAUCGGAAUAAAUGGAUUAGUAACCGUGGAGGUAUAGGUGUACCACCUGAAAAAAGUUGGGAAUCUUGGUGGGAAGAGGAACAAGAACAUCUCCAACAUUCAGGACUGCGGGGAAUUAUAGUGGAGAUACUGUUAUCAUUGCGAUUUUUUAUUUACCAGUACGGUCUUGUAUAUCACUUGAAUAUCACUGAAAGGAACCCAAAAAGUUUUCUGGUAUAUGGCAUUUCAUGGUUGGUGAUCUUUGUGAUAUUGUUUGUGAUGAAGACGGUAUCUGUUGGGAGGCGGAAAUUCAGUGCAAAUUUUCAGCUUGUCUUCCGACUAAUCAAGGGAUUGAUAUUCCUAACUUUUGUGUCGAUUCUUGUCACUUUGAUUGCCCUUCCGCACAUGACAAUGCAGGACAUUGUCGUUUGUAUUCUUGCCUUCAUGCCAACUGGUUGGGGAAUGCUGCAGAUUGCACAAGCAUUGAAACCCGUGGUACGGCGGGCGGGAUUCUGGGGAUCAGUAAAGACUCUUGCUCGUGGUUAUGAGAUUGUGAUGGGUUUGCUUUUGUUCACUCCCGUUGCGUUUCUUGCUUGGUUCCCUUUUGUUUCAGAAUUUCAAACACGUAUGCUCUUCAACCAAGCCUUCAGCAGAGGAUUGCAAAUUUCUCGUAUCCUUGGAGGCCAAAGGAAGGAGCGGUCGUCUCGCAACAAGGAAUAGUUUGUCUAAGAAAGCCUUACUAUUAUUAUUUUAAUAGCCUGAAUACCUUGUUAUAUAUAGCUCAACAAGGUUUUCUGUAACAAUUGUAAUUAGUUGCAAGUAACUAUGAAUGGGAGGCUCAGGCUUGAUUACUAUCAAACAUUAAUGCAAGUUAUUUUCUUUUCUAA